AUGAUUAGUUGUAAACAUCCAAAACGAAAGUAUAUUAAUUCAAAUGGUGAAGGUGAAAUAUCAACAUGGGAUUUGGUUGAUGAUACCGGUGCUAUCAAUCUUGUUGCAUUCAAUUUAGAUUCAUAUAUAAUGUCGAAUAAACUAAUUGAAGGACAAUCAUAUGAGUUCGAUGGUUUAUCAAUUCGAACUGUUGAUAAUAUGUACAAAAAAUUACCUCAUGCAUAUCAACUAAUUGUAAAUAAGACAACUAAAGUGCAAGAAAUUAUUAUGUCAUUUAAUUAUCAGUUGACAUGCAAUAUUACCAGUUUGAAAGAAAUCGAAACACUAUCGUUAAAUUCAAUCAUUGAUGUUCAAGUACAAGUCUUAAGAGAUUAUGGGAUUACAGCAGGAAAUACAAAUGGCAAUUCAUGGACUCGACGAGAACUUCAUGUUGCUCAAGAUGGUGCUAAAAUAAUUCCAACAUCUGUCAUCUGCAAAUGGUUAAAAAUAAAAAAUAUUAAAGUUGAUUGGUUUAAUGGAUCACGUACACUUGUUAGUAUGGGAAACACCCGUUUAUCCAUUAUUUGA